AUGGCAACGCAAACCGCCACCGAGUUGCAAGCGAUGGAACCUGCUCCGUCGACAUUUGGCACCUUGCUACGAAAAAGCCAGGAAGCGCCUUUAGACGUCCAGUCAACUCCUGGGAGGCGAUUAACCACUGGCUCGGAAGAGGAGGCGACGAGGCCUGCCCCCGUCCUACUGUCCAAAACCCGUGCCGGCAUCGUCACCGCCCAGGUCUGCGGCCAGCUCUUCUUCAGCAGCUUCUGCAACGGCAUCAUCGUCGUCGCCUUGCCCGCUAUGCAGCACAACCUGGGCCUGGACGAGGGCCUCCUCGUCUGGCCUAGCUCCAGUUACUUCCUUACGGCUGGAUCGUGUCUCCUGCUAGCCGGCUCCGUCGCCGACGUAAUCGGGAACAAGCGCGUCAACCUGACGGGUUCAUUCUUCAGCGCCAUAUUCGCCAUGGCCUGCGGUCUGGCGCAGACCGGGGGCCAAAUCAUUGCUUUUCGGGCUCUCCAGGGUGCGGCGUACGCCGUCAUCACCCCGUCGUCCAUUUCCAUCAUCUCAAACAAUAUGGAGGAGGGACGGCCGCGCAACAUGGGAUUCGCUUGUAUGGGCUUUUCACAGCCUCUCGGAUUCCUGUUUGGUCUGGUAUUGGGAGGUGUGUUUACUGACAAUGUCGGUUGGCGACCGGCCUUUUACCUGGCGGCGGCUGCAAGUGCGGCCUUGUUCCUGGUUGCGAUCUGGGCAUUGCCGCGUGAUAUCAUGCCGCGGGAUACACAGCCUGUCUUGAAGCGCCUUGCCAAGGAGAUUGAUUCCGUGGGGGUGUUCCUGGUCAGCACUGGAUUGGCAACGUUUUCGUACGUCUUGGCGUCAUUGUCAGCCGACACUGGUAACAUCCAUAAACCAUCUAGUAUCGCCCUGCUGGCUAUAGCCGGCUGCUCUAUUCCCUCGUUCAUUGGCUGGAUGCACCAUCGGGCGAAGAACAACAAGACAGCACUGAUCCCCAACUCACUCUGGAGCAGCCAUGUUUUCACUAGCUGUUGUGUCAUGGUGCUUCUAACCAACGCUCUUACCAACUGCAUGGAGCUGUACAGCAGUCUGUUUUUCCAGCAGGUCCAAGGCUCUUCCGCCACGGUGGCGUCACUUCAAGUCAUUCCUUCCCUCGUCGCCGGGGCUCUCACAAGUAUCGCGACGGGCAUCUUUGUACACCGCAUGCCUGUCCUGUGGAUGCUGUUGAUCUCAUCUGCGAUGAGCACGGCUGCGCCGCUUCUCAUGGCCCUCAUUCGGACGAACCAGGUGUAUUGGGAGAACGCCUUCUUUGCACAGAUCCUGACCCCCGUCAGCUGCGACAUCCUCUUCACUGUCGGCCUCCUCAUCGUCUCUGACGUCUUCCCCAAACGCAUGCAGGCCCUCAGCGGCGCAGUCUUCAACACGUGUGCCCAGCUCGGCACUGCCCUUGGACUCAGCGUGGCCCAGGUCAUUGCCUCGUCUGCGACCAAUUCCUCUGGCUACGCCGAUAAGUCUUCGCCCGGCGCUCUCAUGGUGGGUUACAGGGUCGCUUUCUGGGCCAUGUUUGGCUGGAUGAUGUUUGUCUGUCUCGUGUGUGUGCUUGGGAUGCGCCGAGUGGGUGUUAUUGGUGUGAAGCGGGAUUAA